UUGGAACAGACGGAGGCCAGACCUAUUGCACUGGGAACGAUAUAAAACCAUCACUCUGACAGCGCUCGUCCACAGAACACAGUGCAGCAGUUCACUACGCGUUCACCAGUUCACCAUGAAGUCCCUGCUGUGUGUUGUUCUAGCGUUGGGAUGCAUUGCAUUGGCACAGGCCACAGCAGUGUCGGAGCGCGAAACGUUUGGGCUCGUUGAGCAAGACUCGAAGUUCAUGAAAUGCGCCGCUCGUCUCGGCACAGACAUUGUUGCGGGACUGCAGGCCGUGGCCGGAUUCUUCACAAUCACUUUGGCUAUCCCCGUGUUCGGCCUCAUCAUCGCACCCCUCAUCACCCUCUAUGGUCUCGUCACCAUGCCCGUCAUGCUCUACCAAGACAUGGUCGCCUGCUUCGGAGAGCCCAUCUGAUAGACAUAAGACCCAAAACAACUCAGGACAUGGCUGAAUCAUCGACUACUCGUGACAUUUACUAAUGCAAAUAAAAAUAUAACAAACACAA